AUGCCAUCGGCCAGAUUGUCGAUACUGCCAAUUCGUCUAAGCGCAAGCGCGAGCAAAACAAGCUUGAGCGCGAGGCGCGCGAGAGGGCUGAAAGGGAGAAGGCCGAGAGAGCGAAGACGGGCGGCAAAUAAUCUAACCCAUGGCCUACCCACGAGCAUUUCCCGCACCCCUCCGUUUGAUGUGCGCAUCGUUCCAGCCUCUACAGGUACCUUAUUGGAUCGCAGAAAGCCGGCUCGAGAGGCUGACUACGGAGACCCUGAUUUCGCCUGCCUCGGGCAGCUCGGUCAGAUUGAUCGAACUUGA